UCAGUUAUAGUAAGUGUACGAAUUCAUUUGUAAGCGUCCAGUUCCGAAAAUGAAUUUUAUUGUGCUAGUUAAUUUGUUGUUUUUAUUAGGUCUAAGUCAAGCACAAUUCCGAAGCAGUGAGGAGACUGAUCCCGCAAGACCCCUACGGUCUGAAGAAAGUCCUCAACGCUAUCAAAGAAAGGAGAAAGUGCUCAAGAGAGUUGCGAGAAAUGAAUUUCGUAAUUUGGCCCAAAAGUACGUACCUGCCCUGGAGAAAAUAAUUAUUGAUAAUUGUAAAGCUAAUGGACAAUAUGAUGCAGCAGAAAAACUGCAGCCCACUUUUGAAGAAAUGAAGACGUGCUUGAGCAAAAAGAAAUUGUUGGUAACUCCCAGAGAAGAAUUAUUGGCUUUAAUUGAGGAAUGCAUUGUAGAACCAGUAAAACAAUCUAAAAAUUGUCUAGCAGAGACCCAACGCUAUUACCCACAAUUACUAUCUGAAUUGGCCAAAUCUCUCACCAACUUUUUGUAUGAUGAUUACGACAUUAUUCGUGUUGACCUGAUUGCUUGUUUCCCUAAACUGAAUAACGUAAAAGUGGCAACUAGCUACGAACAAUGUCUAAGGGAAGUUGCUAUUCGUACCCAUGACUCACGUGAAAUACCACAUACGAAGACAGAAUUUUGUCAGGUUUUUGUGCCUACCGCUUACUGUUUCACGAAUAUGGUAAAGGAGAACUGCAACAGGACACAAGGACUUGCCAAAUUUAGAGAGGAUUAUGUGAAACUUCACAAAAAUAUUUGCGAGGAAAAAUAAAUGUAACAUGCCAUUUGAACAAUAUUUUGUAGUCAUAUACACUUCUAAUAAA